GUUGGGGUCUUGUUAUUUUGCCCAGGCUGGUCUCAAACUCCUUGGCUCAAGCUAUCUUUCUGCCUUGGGCUGUCAAAGUGCUGGGAUUACAGGGGUGAGCCAACAAACUUGGCUUCGUUCAAUCUUUCAACAAAGCACAGUGGUUCUAAACUUCAGUAUGCAUAGAAUCAUUUGGUGGAUUUAUUAGAAAUUCAGAUUUCUGGGCUGGGCAUGGUGGCUCACGCCUGUAAUCCCAUCACUUUGGGAGGCCGAGGCAGAUGGAUCACGAGGUCAAGAGUUUGAGACCAGCCUGGCCAACAUGGUGAAACCCCCUCUCUACUAAGAAUACAAAAAUUAGCCAGGUGUGGUGGCGCGUGCCUGUAAUCCCAGCUACUCAGGAGGCUGAGGCAGGAGAAUUGCUUGAACACGGGAGGAGGAGGUUGCAGUGAGUUGAGAUCGUGCCAUUGCACUCCAGCCUGGGGGACAGAGCAAGACUCCAUCUUGGAAAAAAAAAAUUCAGAUUUCUAGCGCCUACCCUCUGAGAUUCGGAUUCAGCUGGUUUGGCUUGAUGCUAGAAAGCUGCAUUUUUAGGAAGCACCACAGAUACUGGUGCUCCAUGAGACUCACUGGUUAGUUAGAAGUAUAGAUUCUGGAGUUAUGAAGCCUGAUUAAGUUCAGUAUUUGCUUUGCCACUUAUCCACUGUAAAUCCUUGGCCAAGUUAUUUAGCAUCUCUAAAUUUCUUCCUCUGGCUUGUAUCUUGUGAGAACUAACCAAGAUAAUUCAAAUAAACAUGUGGUACACUUAUUUGUGAUACGAAUAUUACUUAUUUUUGUUGUUGCUAUUAUUCAAUGCCAAGAAUUAUGUUGAGCACUAAAAAUACAAUUAUCCAGCCUGGGCAUCAUAGCAAGACUCUGUCUCUACAAAAAUGAAAAAAAUUAGCUGGGCACGGCAAUGCACACCAAAAGUAACAGCUACUCGGAAGGGUGAGGCAGGAGGAUCACCUGAGUCUAGGAGUCAGAGGUUAGAGUGAGCUAUAAUCCCACCACUGCACUCCAGCCUAGGUGAGAGUCAGACUCUGUCUCUAAAAAAAGAAAAAAUAAAUAAAAGCAAUUAUCAAAAGGAAAUAAACAACCUGCUCUAGUGGUAAACACAGACUUUCUAUCUGUUGCUACCCUAGGCUGUUCUUGGCUUUGCAGAGCUGAUAACUUUGUAUUCAGAGCUCAGCUCAAACUUCCCCUCAUCUGAGGCAUUUCUUGACCACAGGAUCUAAAGAGAGCCCCCCAUCACUCUGUCACAUUACCCUAUUUUUAUUUUCUUCAUAACACAUAACAUUAUCUGAAAUUAUCUUGCAUUGUUUUUACUCAUUUAUUAUCAGUUUCCUUCCACUAGAGAAUAAAUUUCCUGGGGGACCCUCUCUGUCUUGUUAUCUGCUGUGCUCCCAAUACCUAGAACAAAGUGUGGCAGAGUAGGCACUCAAUAUUUGUUGGGUAAAUGAAGAAAAGUCUAGUGAAGAGGCAGAAGCAUAAACAAUUACCUAUGAAACAAUAUACUAAGUGUCAAAGGCUUUGGGAGCUACAUUCUAAAUUGUACCAAAUAGAAAAUUCCAUACUGUAUCACUCCCAGACAGGACAAUAAAAUCUCCCACUUUUCUGAAAACCUGUAAGUUGUGAGAUUUUUUUAGGCAAGGACGACUACACAUGAACUGGUAUUAGAUCUCUCUAGACCAUUUCUCAGGAGUGCAGAGAAGUGUUUGUAUUUUGUUUUCAUGUGCGAAAUCAGCUUUAAAGUAGAGGUUUCUUGGAAGUAGGAAACUUGAAUGGAUGGAAAAUGCCUUUAAUAACCAAAGUUACCACAGUUUUUAAGGUAUCCCCAGUGCUGAUAUAUCUCAGGAUCAGGAUGGAUCUGCUAGAAUUACACAGAGUAAAGAGGACUCUCGGAGCCUACUCUAAGGCAGGCCUCUGGGGAGAAAAUGUAAGUUAUUUUUUUUCUCCUUAUCAUCAGGACAAAGCACACCAUGAGCAAGUAUGAGACUCCAACAAGUGUGGAUGGAAAUUAAUUUGACAAAUCUGAAACCAUCUUUGCAAAAUUAUGACUGAGACAGUGAAAGAGAUCUAACUUAACUGACUCCAUCUUGCUUCUAACCAGGUUGUCCUUGUUCAUUCCUGGGCAUAGGCUGAACUAACUUUGGGAGAAACUUAGUUUAUAGUUUGUGGUUUGUGACAGAUAACAGCCCUUUCCCGGGGCUGACUUCCUUGUUGCCUGGAGACUAGAUUGCCUUUGUAACACUAACAUUAGCCAUAAGAUUGGAAAUUAUGGUUUGGGAGUCAUGCAGCUGGAGGCUACAAGAUUCUGAACCUCCCUAGACUGCUCCUAAGAUCAGUGCUUGAGAUAUUUGGUGACCCCUGCACUUGAUGGAUCAGCUGGUACCACUCAGAUUGAUGAACUGGCUCAUCUGAUCUUGUAGCGCCCCCCACCCAGGAACUCAGGGCAAGAAGACAGCUUUGACUCCUUAUUAUUUCAUCCCUGACCAUCAGGACUCGUGGCUCACUGGCUUCCCCAACCAAGUUGUCCUUAAAAACUCUGAUCCUCGAAUGCUUGGGGAGACUGAUUUGAGUAAUAAUAAAAUUCCGUUCUCCUGCACAGCUGGCUCUGUAUGAAUUACUCUUUCUCCAUUCUAAUUGCCCAGUCUUGAUGAACCAGCUCUGUCUAGGCAGCGGGCAAGGUGAACUCCUUGGGAGGUUACAAACCCUCUUUCUAUGACUGUAAGUCAUCACUGAGUAUUCCAAAAGUAGGUGGAGCUGAUAAACUGAUAGCUCAGGCCUGGCAGCUAUAGAUUAUUCUUGUUUCAAAUGGGUAUCACUGCCAUUUGAAUAAACUGUGAACAAGGUAUAUCUCUUUGACUGAACAUAGAAAUGAGUGGAAUAGCUCAUAAGUUGUUCUGUCCAAUGACAGCCACUAGCCACAAGUGGCUACUUAGAUUUAAAUAAAAGCCAAAUAAAAUUUUCUUAGUCACACUGUAACCAAGUAUCCCCAUUUUUCUAAGAGAUAGUUUAAUGAUUUUUUAAAAAUCUCUCUUCUUUUUCCCCUUCUCCUCACUUCCUCCUUAGCUCUUUAGAAAUGCAAUUGUAGCCUUUUACCUCCUCUUCAUCAGACACUCCCUAUGGGGCAGGUUCAUCUAACUAUGUGCUUAGAAGCUCCAGAGAGGAACUCUCACCCACCGGGAGGUUGCGUUGAGAGACAACAGCCUAUCUACAACCCAAAGUAUGCCUGCUACAAAGCUUUCUCUUUGGCCACUUUUACAACCCAGUCCUGCCCACAAAAGGCACCAGCAGUCACUGUCCAGUAGAUAAGGCACUGAAGGUAGUAUGCAGACCCCCCAACCACUCGCUUCCUCCCCUCGUGCCAUUCAUGCCAGCAUUCCAUGCCCCAUUUCAAAAGCACCCUCUUUCUGCUCCAAAAGUGAAAUGGUACCCUUAAGGCAGAAAACCUGUACUUCCUCCCCUAAGGUAGCUUUGGAAUAAAAUAUCAUUUUCUUUAUACCAGAUCUCACUCUUGUUAAGUGGACUCUGCAAGCAGCGAGAGAGUGAAUCUGCAUUUGGGUUACAACACUAACUAGUUUAAGUGCUCAAUAGCCACAUAUGUCUAGCAGUUACUAUACUGGGCAGUGCAGAGACAUUAUCACAGAAAAUUCUAUUGCACACUGUUGCUCAGGCACUGAUGAUUUCAGCCCCAUGUUGUGGUGAGUGAUCUGCUCUUGGAAAGGACAAUAUAGUGGACUCACUUUUGGGUGCCAGCAAGGGGGCAAAACUGAGGCUUUUUUGAGACUCCCAAACAGCUAGGAGGGAGGGAAACCAGACAAAGGAGCUGAAAAGUUGUUCCACUUCAUCAGAAACUGAAAGGAUGAAGGGAUAUGGGUUCACUGAAGAUAUUUACUGCUUUACUAGGACUUGAUCAGAAACUUGAUACUUUAAAAAUUUGACUUUGUGCUGUUUGCAACUUGAUUCUCCUUAAAUUUUUAUUUCUGAAAAUAAUAACCUGUUUUAUCUGUUCUAUUAGGAAACAAGGAGAGGGGGUUUUGGUCACACUGGGGCCAAAGUUUAGAAGGUAGAGAUGAUAUAUGCAAUAGCAGUUAACAGAAGCAAAGAGGGGAAUCUUAAGGCAAACGUGACAAUGCAAGGGAAAGGAAAUGGAAAAGACAUUCUUUUCCAUGCGGAGAUUUCCUUUAGAAGAGUUAUUGUCUACUCAAACUUUGGAGGAUUUGUGUUUCUUUUGGUAAAUAAUGUGAUUUCUUUUUGUAGAGGAUGUAUGGUGUAAAAUCAUGGACUUUGCCCUUAAGGGAACCCUCUUGCUCCUCCACUCUUCCAUUGUUUUAUGUAAUGAAACCCCUAAAGUAUACUCUGACUUCAGUUUCAGCUUAUAAAUUAGAUCUGCCCUUUAAGAGCCAUUUGAGUUGCAGUCCCUCCAGUGCUAUCUUUUGCAUACCCAAAUUAUUGGGGGCGCUGUAGUUUGGCUAACUUUUAAUCAUUCAGAGAACUAGGAGAAGCAGACAUGGUUAAUUACUAGGAUUAAUGAUAGUUAAUAAGAGCAAACAUUUACUGAACAUUUACUGUCUGCCAAACACUAUGCUAACAGCUUAAUGCUUAACAUUAUCUCAUUUAAUCCUCACAUAAUUUCAAUGAGCCAGGUAUUGUUAUUUCUGUUUUAUAGAAAAGGAAAAUGAGACUGUCAGACUGAGUAACUUGUUCCAAAUUAGACAACUAGUAAACAGUAGAAUCAAGGUUCAAACCUAGGACUGUCUGAUUCUAGAGCUUGCACUCUUAUCCACUACUGUGGACAAGAAUUUUAAACUAUAUUAAUAUUCUGAUUUAAACUAAUUGAAAUCAACACUAGUGUUAGCAAUUUCCUAUUGACAGAUCAGUUAAAAAUGUUUCAAUGAUUAUAGAAUCAUAAACCGAAUAGAGAAGUAGGCCUUUUCUUGCUGUUUUAAGUAGUUCAGAAAAGCCCUAGUGUAGUAUAUUGAUUGGUGUGACUAGCAGGUCUCAGAAACAAAUGCAUUCAAUAAGUCCAUUUGGUGUUUUUCAUCUCUUCUUCUCUCCUGUGAGAGUUCCUGGGGAGAUCUUAAUGAUGAUAGUUGACAUGGAUCAAAGGCAGACAAAACAUAAGGGAGAAAAUACUGGAAGGAGCCUGGCUGAUGGAACAGAAACUCCCUGAAGAAUCCACACCUGAGUGAUUAAAAAGCAUCAGCCUAGCCUGUAAAGUUUGAAGUUUAAUAUUCGUGAGGAAGCUACCCUCCUACUUGUUGAUGAGGCAGAGAGAAAGGUUCAACUUGUCAGAGAAAUUGAUGCUUCCUGCCAUAUUAUAUUGAAAUAAGAACCAGCUUGUUAUCCACUCUUUUUUUUUUUUUUCUUUCUCAGCAACACAGGUUUAGGCUGAACUUAUGUUCAUAUAGCUGCACAAAUCUCCACGGGUAUGAAUAUAAAUCUAUCUAUUCAAAUAGACUGUAAAGGUUUCUUAGGUUAUUUCUCUUCUUUCUAGAACUUAAGUAAGGCUUUGAUCACCACUGAUAAUACGUUCGUUAGUUAAUGCGUGUAGAGUUUCCAGUCUAAAGGCAAAUAAAAAGUGAAAAGGGGCCGGCGCAGUGGCUCACUCCUGUAAUCCCAGCACUUUGGGAGGCUGAAGCAGGGAGAUCACCUGAGGUCAGGAGUUCAAGACCAGCCUGGCCAACAUGGCGAAACCCCGUUUCUACUAAAAAUACAAAAAUUAGCCGGGCGUGAUGGCAGGUGCCUCUAAUCCCAGCUACUUGGGAGGCUGAGGCAGGAGAAUGGCUUGAACCCAGGAGGUGGAGGUUGCAGUGAGCUGAGAUUGCACCAUUCAUUGCACUCCAGCCUGGGUGACAAGAGCAAAACUUCAUCUCAAAAAAAAAAAAAAAAAGUGAAAAGGUAGGAACGCUGUUGUUCACCUGCUGUUUUAGGAAUUUUGCUCACGUACAAAUUAUUAAGAAGCUGAAAAUAAAGUACCUGGUCAUGUGUGGAAAAACUUACAGCUAAAAGGUGAGAUGAACUAGGUCUAGAAGGUCGGAUUCACGUGAAAUUAAAAGGGCAACGAAAGCCAGAACUUAGUUUCUUAAAAAAAGUUAAAACAGGCCGGGCGCAGUGGCUCAUGCCUGUAAUCCCAGCACUUUGGGAGGCCGAGGCUGGCGGAUCACAAGGUCAGGAGUUCGGGACCAGCCUGGCUAACAUGGUGAAACUCCGUCUCUACUAAAAAUACAAAAAUUAGCCGGGCGUGGUGGCGCGUGCCUGUAGUCCCAGCUACUAGGGAGGCGGAGGUUGCAGUGGGCCGAGAUCGCGCCACUGCACUCCGGCCUGGCCGACAGAGCAAGGCUCCGUCUCAAAAAAGAAAAAAAAAGUUAAAACCCUCAAAAUAAUCCCACUUGUUAAAAUACAAAACCUGAAACCAUUUCAGUUUCUUCUGCAAAAUGAGUUGGAGAGAGUAGGGUUGAACCAGCCAUGCUCUUUCGGGCCUUUCGACGCUGACAUCCCGGGAUAUUACACCAGGUUCAAGAUACCAGCUUGCGGAAAGAGCUGCUAAACUUGACCAUAUGCUUUUUGCACGAUAUUCGACAGCUGUCCCUCCCUUCACCAGCUCUUUUAAGGCUGCAAAUAUAUCUGAUUCACGUGAGAGUCCCUACAAGUUAGUACAACGUCAGGCCCCAAGGAGGCGCCCAAUAAAUGUCGGCAUUGCAGGACCAGAUCCCGAGUUCCAGUUCAGAACCCCGCAGAGGUCAGGAUUCCUCCCUGCCUCCCGCCCCUCACCACACCCACUCACUCCCCCAAGUAAUUAAGUCUAAACUGGGGCCUGCGCAGUGAUUGGCCGCGCCGGGUCUCACUGCGGAUGAACUUGACUUGUUCCAAUGAUCUGUGACAGACAUCUGCAGACAGCGCCCUUAACAGAAUUAGGGUCAGGCUGGUAUCAAACCCCAGGAACGCCAGGCAUUGCCUCAUAGUAGAUGCAAACCGUUAAAUCUUCCAGGACUCAGAAGGACCAGAGAGAGCCGGAUACCUCUGGUUAGCUACGCGGUCCCCAGUAAAGCUUUAUUCCCCUCUUCCUCCCAGUGUGUCUCGUUGCCAGAGCAACUGUGGGCGUCACCGAGCUCACGGGCGGAAACAGAACAGAAAGAGUACACGUCCCCAACUCAUUGAUAGGACCAUUGCGCAGACGCAUUAACUUUUCUGAGUUGUAGUUGAGUCUGUUGAUGCAGUCCGCGUCUGCGCAUUAGUUGUUACGCGCCCUGGCCGGCCUCAGCGCCUGCGCAAAUUGGCACACCGGGGAGGGCGGAGUUAGGUCACGAGGGUGCGCAUGCGCAAACAGCACAUCCGGUGUGGUCGACGGGUCCUCUAAGAGUUUGGGCCGCGCGGACCGGAGUACCUUGCGUGCAGAUAUGUCGGCGUCGGUAGUGUCUGUCAUUUCGCGGUUCUUAGAAGAGUACUUGAGCUCCACUCCGCAGCGUCUGAAGUUGCUGGACGCGUACCUGCUGUAUAUAUUGCUGACCGGGGCGCUGCAGUUCGGUUACUGUCUCCUCGUGGGGACCUUCCCCUUCAACUCUUUUCUCUCGGGCUUCAUCUCUUGUGUGGGGAGUUUCAUCCUAGCGGUUUGCCUGAGAAUACAGAUCAACCCACAGAACAAAGCGGAUUUCCAAGGCAUCUCCCCAGAGCGAGCCUUUGCUGAUUUUCUCUUUGCCAGCACCAUCCUGCACCUUGUUGUCAUGAACUUUGUUGGCUGAAUCAUUCUCAUUUACUUAAUUGAGGAGUAGGAGACUAAAAGAAUGUUCACUCUUUGAAUUUCCUGGAUAAGAGUUCUGGAGAUGGCAGCUUGUUGGACACAUGGAUUUUCUUCAGAUUUGCACUUACUGCUAGCUCUGCUUUUUAUGCAGGAGAAAAGCCCAGAGUUCACUGUGUGUCAGAACAACUUUCUAACAAACAUUUAUUAAUCCAGCCUCUGCCUUUCAUUAAAUGUAGCCUUUUGCCUUCCAAAUUAAAGAACUCCAUGCCACUCCUC